GACAGCUGAAAGUUCUCUAUUUUAAAUAAUCCAAUUUCUCACUUGUCGAAUAAAGCAUUUCAAUUCAAGAUCUCAAUUUCAAAUUCACGAAUCUCAAUUUGCAAAGCCCAACUAAACCCCUCCGUCGUUUUCCCCGACUCCCUCCGCUCCGCGCCAUGGCUCCCGGUGCCCUAGCCCGCCUCCUCCUCCGCCGCGCGCCCACCCCUUGCCUCGCGCGCCCCUUCGCCGCGAAGGCCCGCGCGUCGCGGCCGCCGCAGGAACCGGAGCUCCCGUCGGAGGACGACGACGACGUCGCCGGCGGGGAGGUGGCCGCCCCCACCGAGGGCAUCAACAAGCCGCUCGCCGAGGUCCUCAAGGAGCUCGGGAAGAGGGUUCCCGAGUCCCUCGUGAAGACUCGCAUCGAGGAUGAUGGCUUCGCCAUCAAGUACAUCCCAUGGCACAUUGUCAACAAAAUUUUGAACAUACAUGCUCCAGAGUGGUCUGGUGAGGUCCGCAGCAUUGUAUAUUCAUCUGAUGGGAAUUCUGUAUCUGUUGUCUACCGUGUAACUCUUUAUGGGACUGAUGCAGAGGUCUAUAGAGAGGCCACUGGAACUGCUUCUGUUGAUGAUACAAGCUAUGGUGAUCCUGUACAGAAGGCAGAAGCAAUGGCGUUUCGUCGUGCUUGUGCACGUCUUGGUCUUGGACUUCAUCUCUAUCAUGAAGAUGCCAUAGAUGCUUAAUGUUAAAUUGUUUGUGGUAUGAGCUUUUGUGUUCAGCCAGUUUGUGGUAUGUGGACCAUUGUCCUAUAGUGGGCUAUCCGUUUGCACUGGACAUGCUUUUUUUAUGCAUGAUAUGAAUGCACCAGUGUUUAAAGCUUAGGUUGUCAUUUAGGUGACUAUAUGUAAGCUACUAAUGCAACUACUUUCUGAACCGUUAGCUUAUUAUGCAGCAGCUUGUUGCAAGGACGAAGUUCCUUGCUCCAAGUUCACGAAA